AUGACGCAGCCGCAGCCGCUCGAGGGUGAGCCCAAGUUGCAGGUCAUUGGUGCUGGUUGGGGGCGCACCGGUACGAACAGCCUGAAAAUGGCCUUGGAGAAGCUGCUGGAUGGCCCUUGUUACCACAUGUUCGAAUGUGUUAAGAGGCCCGACUUCCAGAAGUGGAUUGAUGCAUAUGCAGGGAAACCGGACUGGAAAGGUAUCUUCACCCACCCAGAUGGAGACAAGUUCUACAAAGCCACGGUGGACUACCCAGCCUGUGGCAUGUACCGCCAGCUCAUGGAAGCCUACCCAGAUGCCAAAGUGCUGUUGACAGUGCGUGAUCCUGAAAAGUGGUAUGAUAGCGCCAUUGAGACAAUUUGGUCUUGGCGCUGUGGUGAGCAGAACCCGGCACACCGGAUUUUUGAAUAUUUCCGGAAGUUCCAAGAGCAGGCCCAAGCCUUUCACAAUGCCACAAUGUUGCCUGGUGUGAAGCGCACAGAUCGUGAAGGGUCUAUCAAAUCCUUCAAAGCGUGGACUGAGACGGUGAAAUCUACGGUUCCUCCGGAGAAGCUGCUGGUGUUCGACGUCAAAGAAGGUUGGGAGCCUCUCUGCAAAUUCUUGGGUCUGCCGGUACCAGAUGAGCCCUUCCCCCAGGUGAAUGACAAGGAGGAGAUCAAAUCAUUUCUGACCAAGGUCCUGAUAUUUUGCUACAUCGCCCAUGUCGUUCGAUUUCUUCUAGUUUUAGGUGUUUGCGGCUUCCUUGUGUGGCUUGGGCGGAAAUUCCUCUGA